AUGCCAUACCAAGUCACCGAGCCUCACCCAACCGUCACCAAAUACGCACACUCUGGUCGAGGUGGCGCGGGCAACUACCACAAAGCCCCAAAGACCAGCAACCCAAGCACUGCUCGCGGCCCCGCCUCGAACUUCGAAGUCGGGCUCCCACAAACCAGCUCCAAGUUCAGCGCUGGCCGAGGCGGUGCAGGAAACAUCUACGACAAGUCUGAGCGCCCCAUGUUCUCCUUCGAUGAGGAGCUUGAGCGUAUGAACACCCGCGAGAGGAAGAUGAAGGAAGGUGCCGUAUGGCACGUAGGCCGGGGAGGGGCUGGCAACUGGAUCAGCUCUGCUCCAUCUUCUUCUCGCAAGGACUCAAGCUCAGCGGACAGCGUCGACAGCGCUCACAGCGGCUUCUUCGGUCCACAGGGCGGAUAUAGCGGGCUGGUUCUGAUUCCCGCCGCCUUUUACGAUAAUGACUCUACUUUACGGCGCAAGGCAAACUCAAAAGGAAAAGUUGCCAGUGGGUUGCAUUUUCAUGGCGUUAACAUGAUUUACAUUUCAAAGCGAACGGAACGGGAAAAGCUUGGGACCUCAAGGCAAUACUGGCUGGCAUGA